AUGCGCCUUUUUUCGCUAUCCCCAUCCCCUCUCCGUUCCAACGCUGGGAUCCAGCACCUCGCCUUCCCUCUCACUAAUUUCCCAGGGGGGUCGAAGAAGGCGAAGGAGAGAAAACUCCAGCCCGGGUUUUCAAGCCGGCCCUCGGUGUUCCUGGGGAGGCUGCGGCGGCCGGUCCCGGGCGGUGGUUCCAGCCCGGGUUUUGCGUGCUCCCGCCGUCCCCCUCCCGGAGCUAGUGCGCCGGGGAGCGGGGAGAACAGGCGGCUUGUCAUUGCUGGUGCCCGGCGCCGGCUCGGUCCGCGCGUCCUGCGGUGCCCACGGGCCCGGCCCGGCGCCCCACCUCCGGCCGCCCCGGGGGCGCGACGCCGCCGCGCUCGCUUCCAGCCGCGCCCCCGCCAGGCUCCGCGCCGCCUGCUCCCUACCCAAGCCCACGGCGGCCACUGCGGGGAGCCCGAGCCGUCGGUGCGGGAGCUAUCGGCGCUGCGGCUCCCCGCCCCGCCGUCUGCCGAGGAGGCCCCGGCUGAUGGGGCCGCGCGGGUCCCGGAGCGGCGCCGCCGGGCGGCGGGGGGCUGCAGGGGCGCCACUGCUGCCCCGUUAACCCCUCGGUCGCCGCCGCCGCCGUCCGAGGGGGCUGGGAAGUCUCCUGGGCGCACACGUGCCACCUCCGUCGGGGCCGCGGAGCUGCGGGGGAUAUGCGGGCCGCGGCCGGCACCGCCUCGGGGGGCUCCGCCUCACUCCAGCCCCCAGAGUUCUGACACCGCCCCCGCCCCGCAGCCUUUGCCGCCUCCCUCCCCGGGAGGGGCGCGGACCCGCUCGCCCCUAGCCCAGAGCUGCCGCCGCCGCCGCGAGGGGGCCGCCUUUGGAGCUGUGUGA